AUGGCAGUGGUGUCACCUCUGGCGAAAUACAAGCUGGUGUUCUUGGGCGAUCAAUCCGUCGGUAAAACCAGCAUCAUCACUCGCUUCAUGUACGACAAAUUCGACACUACCUAUCAGGCUACCAUUGGCAUUGAUUUUCUGUCCAAAACAAUGUACCUUGAAGAUCGAACAGUACGCCUGCAGCUUUGGGAUACAGCUGGCCAAGAGAGGUUUAGGAGUCUUAUUCCAAGCUAUAUUCGAGAUUCUUCCGUUGCAGUGAUUGUCUAUGACGUUGCUAAUCGACAAUCAUUUUUGAACACGUCAAAGUGGAUUGAAGAAGUACAUACAGAACGAGGCAGUGAUGUCAUCAUUGUUCUUGUCGGUAAUAAAACUGAUCUUGUUGAUAAAAGGCAAGUUUCAAUAGAAGAAGGGGAUUCCAAGGCUCGUGAGUUUGGGAUCAUGUUCAUAGAAACCAGUGCGAAAGCGGGAUUCAAUAUCAAGCCUCUAUUUCGUAAGAUUGCUGCUGCAUUGCCGGGAUGGAAACUCUUUCCUCCACAAAACAGGAAGACAUGGUUGACGUGA